UUCAAACCCCUCCGUCAUAAUCGCAACGGAGAGCCCGAGCCAGAAGCGAAAUCAGAUUCCUGAAGCCCUCAGUUAUAAGCGAAAUCACACGAGAAAUCGAUAACCUUGAUCCCUAUCGGCGCGCGCGGGCGAAAUACAGACGCAGAAUGUCAGCUCCCGCAGAGACGAAUAAAGUGACGGACUCAGGCGCCGAAUCGCCUACUACCGCGCAACCGCUUGAUAUGUCAGAUGAUGAGCAAGAGACUGGCAUCAUAGGCGACGGGAACGUAUCACCAAUGCUCGGCUCGAGACAAAGCUCGGAGGGUCCAACCCCUCCGCCAAAGCCCCCGCGCCCCAUGACCGAGGCGCAGAAGAACCAGAUCAUUCUGAAGGAAGCGUUUCCGACUGUCGACGAUAAUGUUAUCAAGGCGGUCUUGAGCGCAAGUGGAGGGCGCGUGGAGCCCGCCUUUAAUGCUCUACUUGAAAUGACCGACCCAGAUGCGGCCAAGAACGAGCCACAGGACGUCCCCCCUCAACAGCCUCCGAGGCCGCAGCGAUCUCAGAUAGAAGAGGAUGAGCGGUACGCGCGUCAGUUGGCGGAACAAUACGAUAACGUCGGCGCCUACGAAGCCCGCACUUCAAACCGCGGGGGAAAUGUACGAGCGAGAGCACAGCCUGGAUACGACGAGGAGCGGGAGCGCAACUUCAUAGAUGACGAUCUCCCCGCCAUCCGCGAAAACCUUCGACAGGGAUUCAUCGAGACCCAGACCAAGGUUAACGGUUGGAUCAGCACUAUAAAGAAGAAGAUCGAGGAGAAUUUCGACGAGAGCGAGGAUGCCGAGCAUAGAGAAGGACCCCAGUACCGCCACGGCGGGCCUAGCAGCAGGAGCACCGACUAUGACGCAGAUCCGCAGGUGCUUAGCGAUGAUUUUGCUGGCAUGAAGUUCGCACCGGACGGCACCCCUGCCUACGGCAGCCGACCGAUGGCCAACACCGGCGUUUACAGACCACCUCCCUCAACCUCACCGCGACCCGAGGGCCGAAGAGUGGGGUUCAAGGAUGAGCCCGAAGAGAUUAAGAUGUAUGAUGCUUCACCAAAGCUCUCUCCCAAGGGCGAAGCUGCGGCAGCGCCAGCAGCCAAGGCAAGCAAGUGGCAGCCUCUCUCUAGCGUAGAGCCGGAUCCGAUUACCGACAACGACCCCUUCAGCCUUGGUGACAGCGAAGAUGAAAGGGAGACGAAGGAGAAGCCCAAAGAGGGCAAGUUGGACGAUACCGAGCGGCUGAAGCAGGCUGCGGCCGAGGCCAUGGCAGAGAACCUGGUCGAUCAAAAGAAAGACGGGGAAGCGAGCGGAAAGAAGAGCUAAACACCUCAAUGGCUGGUGAAGAUGGGACGGGAUUUAAUUACCUUAACGUAACCAAUGGCGUGGCUGUUUUUAUGUGUUUCAAAAAAUAUUUGCCUUGUUGAUUGCGGCGACGAAAAGUAGUAGCUGUUCAAAUUGGUAACUUAUUGCGAUGAUGUUACAUCGCUUCAGCCGAUCUUGGGGAGUGGUUGACAGGAGUGGCCGUGACAUUUUGCUGGAUUGAAUGAAGUGCAUGACGAGACUGGGGCAGUUCUUCUGCGUCAUGACAGGUUGCUAGCAGCGGUUAAUACCUAGUACCUAAGAAUAUACUUGGCCAUCCAAGGAGAUGCUCGAUUCAUA